ACGAUCAGUUCACACACACACACACACACACACACAUGCGAGCGUACACACACACACGUACACACACCGGCUCUCCGGAUCAUCUCGGGUUUGAAUCUGUACACCCCACACAUUUUAAAAUGACUUAUGGCUGAUUGGAUACUGGAGGUCAGUCAGGAGGAUCUGAGCUGAGACGAACCCAAACACCUUCACCUGCCUUCAGUAACACAGAGACGUCGGGGGUCAAGCAGUGACGCCAAAAAUUACCCCAGUGUUGGACUUGGGGUUUGUGCAGCUUAAUAUGUACAGCUGCCAAUGACUGAAGCUUAUGUCUGGGGCAAUGGAAGUGUGAACAAGUCAGAGGAAGGCUAGUAAAAAAUGGCUGCCCAUCGCAUUCGAGUGACCAACAACAACAACGUUCUCCCACGAUGCAAGUCCGAAGGCACGCUGAUCGACCUCAGUGAGGAUGUGUCAGAGGCCAGUCUUACAGAGGUCAAAGUGCCUUCCCCCAGUGCCUUGCGGUUGGACACCAGUGCAUCUUUCGGGACCGCACAGGAAGUAGUUGCCAUCAAGGACUACUGCCCCAACAGCUUCACCACAUUAAAGUUCUCCAAAGGAGAUCGCCUCUACGUGCUGGAUACAUCCGGAGGAGACUGGUGGUAUGCUCACAACAACACAGAGAUGGGAUACAUUCCCUCUUCGUAUGUCCAACCUGUCGGCUGUCGAGACUCUUGUCUCAGUGACAGCGGAAUGAUCGACAACCCGGGGGACUCCUCGGAUGAAGGUGUGAAGGAAUUAGACCUGCUGGGAGAGUGGACUGGAAUGUCCCUGAAGCUCCCUCCACCUUACAACAGCAAAAACAACCCCUUUUCUACAAAUCCAUUCCUCAAUGGGACUGUGCAGAACCAGCUACAAGACCAGAACACCAACCAACACAACAGCAUUGACUUGCUUCUGUUUGACUCUCUGACUCCAUCUGCUCCUGUCUCCGCUGCCAGCAGCAACAACACCAGUAAUGGAUAUGGCAGCAGCAUUUUUGAUGGCACACCCACUAGCCCUAAUGUAGAAACCUUGCAAGUAUUCCACAAGGACAACCCAUUUUUCCGGAGUAAAAGAUCCUACAGUUUGUCAGAGUUAUCAGUCCUACAGUCUCAAUCAACUCCUCCUUUGCCACCAUCCGAGUUCUUUAGAGGUCUUAAGGCACCUUCCCCUGAACAGUUUAAGAGCAGAGAGGACUUCAGAACAGCUUGGUUGAACCAUAGGAAGUUGGCACGCUCGUGUCAUGACCUUGAUUCCUUGGGACAGAACCCAGGCUGGGGACAAACACAACCAGUUGAGACUAAUAUUGUUUGUAAGCUGGACAGUUGUGGUGGGGCAGUUCAACUGCCGGACACUAGCAUCAGUAUUCAUGUUCCAGAGGGUCAUGUUGCAGCAGGAGACACCCAGCAGAUCUCCAUGAAGGCUUUACUGGACCCCCCACUGGAACUAAACAAUGACAGGUGUACUACAGUCAGUCCUGUGGUUGAGAUCAAACUGAGUAACAUGGAGAUAAAGUCGUUCAUAACCUUGGAGAUGAAGGUAUCAGUAGAAGUAAAGAAAGAGAGCAGACAAAUGACAAAGAUUGUGUGUGUGAGGAGUGACAGUAAAGACGGCCCUUACGUCCCGGUUCCUCAGGCUUACAUAUAUGGUGACACAGUUCAGGUUCAGCUGGACAGCCUGGAACCAUGUAUGUAUGUUGCAGUUGUGGUCCAGUCCCACAACAUCUCCUUUAAUCUAACAGUUUGGGAUCAAGUACUGAAGAAAAUUACAUUGGGUCUGUACGGACCCAAGCACAUUCAUCCUUCCUUUAAGGCUGUGGUGGCAGUUUUUGGGCACGAUUGUGCUCCGAAGACAUUGCUUGUCUCUGAAGUCGGGAAACAAGCUCAGUCUGCACCGCCCGUCGCACUCCAGCUGUGGGGAAAGCACCAGUUUGUCCUCAACAGGCCUCAGGACCUUGAAAUAGGCAUGUACUCGAACAUGAGCAACUACGAGGUAAAAACAAACGAUCAGGCCAGGGUGGUCCGGGGAUUUCAGGUAAAACUUGGCAAGGUGAGUCGGCUCAUAUACGUCAUCACAUCUCGAAAUGCCCAAGAGCUGUCUGACUUCACCUUACGGGUUCAGGUGAAGGACGAUCAGGAUUGCAUCCUUGCUCAGUUCUGCGUCCAGACGCCACAGCCGCCUCCUAAAACCGGAAUCAGAGCCAACGGCCAGCGGAGAUUUCUGAAGAAGAAGGAAGUAGGGAAAAUCCUGUUGUCCCCUUUGGCCAUCACCACUAAAUACCCACAGUUUCAAGACCGCUGCAUCACCAACUUAAAGUUUGGUAAAGUGAUCAAAACGGUCAUCAGGCAAACAAAGAACCAGUAUUUGCUGGAAUAUAAAAAGGGUGACAUCAUCGCCUUGCUAAGUGAGGAGAAGAUUAAACUAAAAGGACAACUCUGGACCAAAGAGUGGUAUAUAGGUUACUAUCAGGGAAAGACCGGACUUGUGCACGUGAAAAAUGUGCUCGUCUUAGGAAAAGUAAAGCCCAUAUACUUUUGUGGGCCAGACCUCACAACCACAGUGCUGCUGGAACAAAUUCUUAAGCCCUGCAAGUUUCUUACCUACAUUUAUGCCUCUGUGAGGACUGUACUAAUGGAGAACUUGGGAAACUGGAGGGCAUUUGCAGAUGCCCUGGGUUAUGGUAAUCUGCCCCUGACUUACUUCUGCAGGGCAGAUUUGGACAGUGAACCCGAGAGAGUGGCUUCAGUGCUGGAGAAACUCAAAGAGGACUGCAACAAUGUGGAAAUGAAGGAGAAGAAAUCUUUUCAGAAGGAGCUCAUGAUGGCUCUUUUGAAGAUGGACUGUCAGGGUUUGGUGGUGCGUCUCAUGCUGGACUUCGUGCUCUUGACCACAGCGGUGGAAGUGGCUCCUCGCUGGAGGGAACUGGCUGAGAAACUGGCUCGUGUGUCCAAGCAGCAGAUGGAUGACUACGAAGCUCCACACAGAGACCGAAAUGGAGUCAUGGACUCAGAGGCCAUGUGGAAGCCAGCAUACGACUUCCUGCUGACGUGGGCGGCUCAGAUCGGCGACAGCUACCGUGACGUGAUCCAGGAGCUCCAGCUGGGUCUGGACCGCAUGAAGAACCCAAUCACCAAGCGCUGGAAACAUCUCACAGGAACUCUCAUCCUCGUCAACUGCCUUGACAUGCUGCGGAGCUCCGCCUUCAGCCCCGCCUCUCAUGACGACUUCGCCAUAUAGAAUGCAGCGACACGGCGAUCUUCUCCCUGUUUAGAAGGACUUGUUGGUGGACGGGGCUUCAGGACUGAUUUGCAUGUUUUACCUCAGUAGGACCUGUGAGCAGAUUGUUUUUCCAAUGUGCCCUUCCUCACACGCUGACCUUUGACCUCUUCUGUAUAUCUGUCCAUCGCGGUUUAAAUAUUUUAAUGAAGUGUGUGUCUCGACUCGAGUCUUCUCCGGAAGCCAAAACACUCUCGCUGGUUCACUCUCGCCGUUCCUGAUGGUUUUGUUAGCGCAUUUACUUUUUAUACAAUUUUUAGAAUCAGCUGUAAAUUAUUUUCUUUCAGUAGCAGAUAAAGAAACGUGAUGUAAUGUCUUCUAACACGUGUCGAACCGUCACCUCGCCGCUUUGUUCUUAGUAACUCUUCCUUUAGUAGCACAAACAGACAAUCAGCGAACCAGAUAGACACUUAGCCAUAAUGCUAGCAUUAGCUGAGAAUUUGCGAGUCGUCUGAACUUUACACGUUCCGCAUCUCUUUGAAUCUGUCAGUGUCACGUUUCCAAAAGUGAUCAGUUGUUGGAAUUGACGUUAAAUUCUGUUUUUCUUUGUUUGUUUACCUUCUUCAGUCAGAAUGAGGCUAAAGGCUACUUACAGCAAACUUGCUAACUACAAUUACUGUCUAAACCACUGAAACUCCACCCAUAGUUGGCGCUACAAUGCUAAUGCUAAAAAGCGUUCUUUACAGUGUUUUCUCCGCUGUAUGAAAUGUUUGUGUGGGGACGAUGAAGCUUGUGAAGCUCUUCACGUGUACACUGUGAGUGAUGGUCAGACUCGUGCUUUCCCCUGCUCUCCAUAAAAAAAAAUCACGAUAAAUGAUUUAAUCAUCCAAAAACAAGAAUAAGGAAAAAAUGUCCACUAUCUGAUUGUUAUAUCCAUGUGAGCUGACACUUAAUGAACCCAGAACUUUCUCCAUGUCCUGGGACAGAAAGCUAGAGCACCCAGUCGAGGACACCUGAGAUGGGAAGAGGGCGGGGCUUCCUGGGAGUGUGUUUGUGUGUGUGUUUAUAUCCGAUGGUGUGCUUUCAAUCACUGCACAGAAAGAAGACUGCAGGAGUAUCUAGUGAUCACACCAGUGUCGCACCAGUGCCGUCUAACGUUACACUGCAGAGCUGCUACACAAAAUACACAAAACUGUUCAAGGAUCACAGACUAAUCUAAUCUAAUCUAAUCUAAUCUAAUCUAAUCUAAUCAAAGGAAACAUUACUAUCAUGGCUGUAUCACAUAUCACACAGCUGUAUUGCUAGAGAAAGGACACUAAAAACUAAAUCUGUGUUAAUCCUGAUGUAGUGCAUUGUGGGUAACACACACACACUCUCCUGGAGUAACCACUACACAUUUUAGCAGCACCAGAUCCCCAGAACACUGGCCAGUGAUGGACUGUAGCCUGAAGGAGAAGGAGAGAAAGUGUUUUCAUUGCCAAAUACUGAUCUGUGUUAAGUGUUAAGUUGCAGUAUUAUUCAUCCAUCUUUCUUUUAUCCCUUUAUUCUUUCUUCUUUUCUACUUCAAUGUUUCUGUUUCUACUUGCUAGUGUUUAGAUGAGCGUGCUGCACACGCUGCUGAUGGUGUUAGUGUUAAGUGAAUGACCGUGUGUUGUGUGUAUUAGUGUGUAGUUACAUCCCCACACACUUCACACUCGUCUGCUCAGUCACACUGUGUCUCUGUGUCUCCUCUCUGAUCCAUCUUCUCAUUUCUGUCUCCUGGACGCAGGAGCCGUAGGGAAUUCAGCAUCUCCCAGGGGGCGGAGUUUCAGCCAGGUGUUUAGGGGAGGUGUCCAAUCAGACUGCUGUACAGUGUGCUGGAAUCUGAUAAAUAAAUAAAUGCGCUGUCAGUUUGGAAACCUUGUGUUUCUGAAUUUAUUCCAGGAGAAGUGUCAGGAUCUGUGUGUGUGGUUCAGACCAGAGCAGAGAGAAGGAAACUCAUGAACAAACUCAUUUUCAGAGAGUGACCACAGGAAACCCUGAGAAACACUACAGGAUGGUCAGCGUGAAGCCACGACUGUUUACACUGAAAUAUUUACUACGGUCACUUUACUAACAAAUUUCUGACCUCUGUCAUGAACAGUUUCUCCUUUUCACCGCUCAGCGGUGAUGGGCAUCGUGUUAAUGACAUCAUAAGUUAGUUGUUGCCCUGGCAACAGCGACUUGAGGGCACUUGAAGAAACUUAUCCGCAAUCUGAACUUAAGAACCCUGGAAGAUGAACAUCAUCUUUUAAACAUCAACACUUACACCUCCUCAUACAGCUCCAGACACACACACACACACAUCAGAGUGAAAUGGAGUGAACUCACCAGGCCAUAGUUUCCUACAUUACAUUCAUUUAUCUGUUUCAGAUAGAGACCGACAGAAUAGUGUGUGUGUGUGUGUGUGUGUGUGUGUGUGUUAAUUAAAGUGCAGUAAUCAGUUAAUCAGGUUUUGCCAUUUCACUGCCUGGCAGAUUCAGAAGAAUUCUCUCAGUAGAUCAUUUGUGAGGCACUUAGUCCUGAUUCACUAAUUACACACACACACACACACACACACAACUGAUUAAUAACACCAAUAAAGUAAAUUUUCAGGGCAGUGAAUGAGUCAAUGACUCUCAAUAAGUAUACUGAAGAUAUUGGCAAGAAGAAUACAGUCAGCAAAACGAGGAAGGAAGAGAGAGAGACAAAGAGAUGUAUUGUGCAGGUGCUGAAAAAUACUAAAGGCUGCUUAGAUUAACGCCUCAGGUAACACACACAUGUACAGUGUGUGUGAGUGUGUGUGUGUGUGUGUUUUAGACCUUCAAUAAGACCCUAUCUCAGUCACUCCAGGUCUCUGUCUCCUGGUGAGUGUCCUUAACACCCCCUUAUACACAACAAUCUCUCAGAACUGCGUGUGUGUGAGUUGCAUGUGGUGAUGUUUCUGAGUGGGCGGAGCUUAGGUUUAAUUACCAGUCAACUGGAACAAAAUGGAGGCACAUACGCACACACACACACACACACACACACACGCACACGCACACACACACACAUUCCUUCCUUCCUUCCUGUUUCCUUCAGGCUUUAUGUAUAGCAGAAUGGCAGGAACUUUGCCUUGUGUUUAUUUGUUGAUCUCGUUCCUCCUCCUCCGUCUCUUCGUACUGUGAGCGUAAAGAUUUCACAAACAUUUCUGAUGUUUUAUCACUAGCACUUAGAAAAGCUGUUCU